AGGCCAAAACUCAACAUUUGGACCCGGGGCUUACCAUAACUCCAGAAUCCACUACAGAGACUGAACCUUCUCUAACCAUGCAAGAGACCCCAACCCAGCCUCCAGAGCCACCUAAGGAGGUUGUUCAGUAUCCAUCCCAACAGGAAGUGACAGUUCCUACUCCAAGUAAGGAUCAAGGUCAGCAACCAACAUUGCCCAGUGUCACAGCUCAUCAUGUGGACUUGGGGGUUACCAUAACUCCAGAACCUACUACAGAGGCUGAACAUUCUACACCCAUGAAGGAGACUACAACUCCUCCCCCAAAGGACCUUGAGGUGACACUUGCACAUCCAAAACAGGUUCAGAGGCAACAUCGAAACCUGACUGAAGUCACGGUUCCACCUAUGGACCUAGAAAUUCCUGUAAGUCAGCAACCAGAGUCAUUUGAGACAGGUUUUCCUCCAACAACUCAACAUCCUGUGGUGCAUUUUGUAAACUAUACCUCAGAAAAGGCAUACACAACUUUAACUUGGCAACCAGAACAGAAUGCCACCACAAACCUCAAAAUAUGUGAGCUCUGUACCUGCAAAGGUGAGACACUGUCGUGUGUCGGUCUCAGCGUACAGCAGAGGCUCCGCAGAGUGCCCGUGCUGGAGCCCGACACCUACAACGGCACCUUCACCAUCUUAAAUUUCCAAGGAAACUCUAUUUCUCACAUUGAUAAAAAUGUAUGGAAGGGAUACCGUUGGGCUGAGAAACUAAUUCUCCGUGACAAUUAUCUGACCGAAUUACGUAAAGACACAUUUGAAGGCCUGCUAUCCCUCCAGUAUUUAGAUUUAUCCUGCAAUAAAAUACAAUCUAUUGAAAGACGUACAUUUGAAUCACUACCUUUUUUGAAGUUUGUAAAUCUUGGUUGCAAUUUACUCACCGAACUGAGCUUUGGAACAUUUCAGGCCUGGCAUGGAAUGCCGUUUUUACACAAGCUAAUUAUCAGUCGUAACCCUCUGUCAACUGUUGAAGAUUCCUAUCUUUUUAAGUUGCCAGCAUUAAAAUAUUUAGACAUGGGAUCAACACAGGUGUCACUUACAACAGUUGAGAGCAUCCUCAUGAUGACCCUUGAAUUGGAAACACUGAUUUUACCUAGCCGUAUGGCCUGCUGUCUCUGCCAAUUUAAAAAUACUGUUGAGGUUGUCUGUAAGACAGUCAAGCUACAUUGUGACAGUGCAUGUCUGACAAAUGGCACACGUUGUGAUCAGGAAGUAUACCCAAGGAAUGCAGAAGGAUCAUUCAUGAAGGUAUUGACAGCUCGAAAGAAGAGCGCCAGCACGGAGCUGACUAUUGAGCCAGAGAAGGCAUCCUCAGACAUAGAUCGUGUCAGUUUGUCAGCCUUUAUGAAUGAACAGCUAGACUUCAAUGACGAAAGUGAUGUCAUUAGUGCACUGAAUUACAUAUUGCCUUAUUUCUCGGAGGGCAAUCUAGAAGACGUAGAAUCGACGCUGUUACCGUUGAUUAAACUUCUGUUUUCAAAUGUGCAAGAGGGAGACAAGCCCGUGGGUCACUCGAUGAACGACACAGGGGACCCUUCUCUUAAACCUGGAUCCAACAAUUCAACUUACAAGAAUAAACUGAGAAAACUCGACUUUCUGGAAAAUUUGUUAGAUGCAGAAAUUCAGGAAAAAAUUGAUGAAAUGAAAAAGAAAGAAAAAAUGGCCAUGCUUAUACAUUCCAGCCUUUUAGGUCCCAAGUUUAAACGUCAAAUCUUUCCAAAGAAAUUGGAAACUGCCCAACCGCAGGAGAAGAGCCUAGACGAGGUUGAGAGUGUGGGGGAAAAGUCCCUGAGAGUGAACAAGGUCAUCAAGGGCCCAAAGGGCAUACGGAAAAGGCACUUAAAAGAACUGAGACAUCAGAACAUCCAGAGUAAACAGAACGCCCAGCCAUCUGUGGAGAACAUGGCCAAGGAAAGAAGGCUCAGGACACCAUCCCCAGGAGAGCUUCCCGUGGCACACAGGCCCAGCAAAUCAGUGGGAAGCUCCUUCAAUCCAGAGCCUUCGUUCAUGGAUGAGCACAAGGCAGCGGUCUCUUCUCUCAUGAAGCAAUACUUUUUGGACAGGCCUUCUGCCACCCCCGCUCCCAAGGAAAGAAGGCUCAGGACACCAUCCCCAGGGGAGCUUCCCGUGGCGCACAGGCCCAGCAAAUCAGUGGGAAGCUCCUUCAAUCCAGAGCCUUCGUUCAUGGAUGAGCACAAGGCAGCGGUCUCUUCUCUGAUGAAGCAAUACUUUUUGGACAGGCCUUCUGCCACCCCCGCUCCCAAGGAAAGAAGGCUCAGGACACCAUCCCCAGGGGAGCUUCCCGUGGCGCACAGGCCCAGCAAAUCAGUGGGAAGCUCCUUCAAUCCAGAGCCUUCGUUCAUGGAUGAGCACAAGGCAGCGGUCUCUUCUCUGAUGAAGCAAUUCUUUUUGGACAGGCCUUCUGCCACCCCCGCUCCCAAGGAAAGAAGGCUCAGGACACCAUCCCCAGGGGAGCUUCCCGUGGCGCACAGGCCCAGCAAAUCAGUGGGAAGCUCCUUCAAUCCAGAGCCUUCGUUCAUGGAUGAGCACAAGGCAGCGGUCUCUUCUCUGAUGAAGCAAUACUUUUUGGACAGGCCUUCUGCCACCCCCGCUCCCAAGGAAAGAAGGCUCAGGACACCAUCCCCAGGGGAGCUUCCCGUGGCGUACAGGCCCAGCAAAUCAGUGGGAAGCUCCUUCAAUCCAGAGCCUUCGUUCAUGGAUGAGCACAAGGCAGCGGUCUCUUCUCUCAUGAAGCAAUACUUUUUGGACAGGCCUUCUGCCACCCCCGCUCCCAAGGAAAGAAGGCUCAGGACACCAUCCCCAGGGGAGCUUCCCGUGGCGCACAGGCCCAGCAAAUCAGUGGGAAGCUCCUUCAAUCCAGAGCCUUCGUUCAUGGAUGAGCACAAGGCAGCGGUCUCUUCUCUCAUGAAGCAAUACUUUUUGGACAGGCCUUCUGCCACCCCCGCUCCCAAGGAAAGAAGGCUCAGGACACCAUCCCCAGGGGAGCUUCCCGUGGCGCACAGACCCAGCAAAUCAGUGGGAAGCUCCUUCAAUCCAAAGCCUUCGUUCAUGGAUGAGCACAAGGCAGCGGUCUCUUCUCUGAUGAAGCAAUACUUUUUGGACAGGCCUUCUGCCACCCCCGCUCCCAAGGAAAGAAGGCUCAGGACACCAUCCCCAGGGGAGCUUCCCGUGGCGCACAGGCCCAGCAAAUCAGUGGGAAGCUCCUUCAAUCCAGAGCCUUCGUUCAUGGAUGAGCACAAGGCAGCGGUCUCUUCUCUGAUGAAGCAAUACUUUUUGGACAGGCCUUCUGCCACCCCCGCUCCCAAGGAAAGAAGGCUCAGGACACCAUCCCCAGGGGAGCUUCCCGUGGCGCACAGGCCCAGCAAAUCAGUGGGAAGCUCCUUCAAUCCAGAGCCUUCGUUCAUGGAUGAGCACAAGGCAGCGGUCUCUUCUCUGAUGAAGCAAUACUUUUUGGACAGGCCUUCUGCCACCCCCGCUCCCAAGGAAAGAAGGCUCAGGACACCAUCCCCAGGGGAGCUUCCCGUGGCGCACAGGCCCAGCAAAUCAGUGGGAAGCUCCUUCAAUCCAGAGCCUUCGUUCAUGGAUGAGCACAAGGCAGCGGUCUCUUCUCUCCUGAAGCAAUACUCUUUGGGCAGGCCUUCUGCCCCCCCCGCUCCAAAAUCCCCACCUGACAUGAAAAAAGAAUCAAAAGACUUAACGUACACCAUUUUUGUUCUAGAAGAUGCAAAUGCUAGAGUUAGAAAUAUGAAGGCUUUCGGACCAGCCUCACACCCCAGAAAGACACACCGCUUUCAUAAAAGUCGCUCCCGUGUGGUCCACAGAACACCCAAGGCCAAACCGAAUCGAAAGUCCAGAAAGGAAAGUUCACUCAGUAAUAGACAGCUGCUUGCAAAGAGGCCUCCAUCCUCUGCAGUCAGGAGCCUCAUAAAUUCCCCUUCACGAGAGGAUUUUUCAUCUCCGGGAGAAGUGAGUCCUCAGAAAAAUCCUUUUCCAGAAUUAUUUGCUCCUUCAGGAAGUUACAGAGAAAACGCUACUGUAGAGAACACUACUGCCCAAAAUGUUUCUGAAGAAAAUAUUUCUACAGGAAACACUACUGUGCCAGAACAAACCCUCCCUGAAUUCACAGACCGUAAGAAUCUUUCCGCUGCUAAUUCUACUGUUACUGCAGACAACUCUAUGCCGACCGUUAAACAAACCAAUGGUACACAACAGGAAUACCACAAUGCGGGCACUGGCUUGCCCCCAAAAGCCACAGGCUUCACUGUGUCAAAGCUCUCGUCCUCAGGUGAUCUGUUUGAAAUUCAGUUAAACCAGCAGCUACAGUCCCUCAUCCCCAGCAAUGACGUGAGAAGGCUCAUUUCUCAUGUUAUCCGGACUUUGAAAAUGGACUGCUCUGAGACCCAGGUGCAGCUGGCCUGUGCCAAGCUCGUCUCCAGAACAGGCCUCCUGAUGAAGCUUCUCAGCGAGCAGCAAGAAGUAAAGGUGUCCAAGGCAGAGUGGGAUACGGACCAAUGGAAAAAUGAGAAUUAUAUCAAUGAGAGCACAGAAGUCCAGAGUGAACAGAGAGGGCAGGAGUCAAGGGAGCUCACAAAAGAAGUUCCAGGCUAUGGCUAUAACAACAAACUCAUCUUGGCAAUAUCUGUGACUGUAGUAGUGAUGGUUUUGAUCAUGGUUUUCUGUCUCAUUGAGCCUUCUGGUUAUACUUCAGUGUGCCACAGAGGCCUGUCUCCACAGGAGGUAAUGCCCAAUCAUGUGGACACAGAUGCCCUAUCUGUGGAAUGGAUGUUUUCCUUAUUGUCAAGUCAUGACCUGACAUUCUGAUUUUGAUCAGUCCUGUGACAUUGGUAAGGUGAUAUUGCCUCCAUGCAGAAAGAAGUGCGUUCUCUCUUGAUGAGAUCAGAGUCUGAUUUCUCAGCCUAAGAGCCUAGGAACUAGCGUGGGGUCAACUUACCAUGACCUCUGGGAAGAGAAAUCAUUGGCCAUUGUCCAGUCAGUACUCUGCAUCUUGAGGUGGCCUGCAGCCUUUUGCUUUUGGGAAGUUCUAUAAACUCCUAUUGCUGUUUUAAAUUCCUAUGUGGUUUAACCUUGUGUUUAUAUUUUUUUAUGUGGUUUCAUUAUUUCCUCUCCCUACUUAGAUGAUACACUUUUUGAGGUCAGAGACCAUGCAGUUUUUUUCCUGUAGUGGACAAUAAUGAUGUUCAAAGGAAGAGAUGAGGCAUUGUGUCAAUUUCACAAUGAGGAAUAAUGCAACCUAAUAUUUAUGUGAAGUAGCCUACAGAGUCCAGCAAUAGACAGAUCCGUGGAUGACUAGGACUUUUGAAAUGUUACCUUUUAGAGGCGCCUGGGUGGCUCAGUUGGUUAAGCGUCCUACUUUGGCUCAGGUCAUAAUUUCAUGGUUCAGGAGUUCGAGCCCUGUGUUGGGCUCUGUGCUGACAGCUCAGAACCUGGAGCCUGCUCUGGAUUCUGUGUGUGUGUGUGUGUGUGUGUGUCUCUCUCUCUUUGCCCCUCUCUCACUCUUUCUCUCUCUCUCUGUCGCUCUCAAAAAUAAAUAAACAUUGAAAUGUUACCUUUUAGUAUUCAAAUCAGUGGAAGAAAAUAAAUAAAUGGUAAUAGAACAACUGCUUAAUUAUUUGGGAGGAAAAUAACAACAGAUCCCUAUUUCUCACCUUAAAAAAACAUAUUUCAGUACAUGUAAAAAAAGAGAAACAAGAACCCCUCAAAGUACUAGAAGAAAAUAGAAUCAAUACUUUUAUAAUCUUGUGGUGAGAAAAAGCUUUGUGACCUGAUACCACAUGCAGAAACAUUUGAUAGAUUUGAUCGUCUUGUCUGAUUUCUGCUUGGAAUAAACCAGACAUCUGAUUUAAUCCCCACAGUCCUGUGA